GCACCCCAUUGCAUUGAUGUGCGACAUUCAGAAAAUGUUCCAUCAGUUUCAUGUGGUCGAAGCUGAUCGCAACUUCCUGCGCUUUCUUUGGUGGAAGCAAGGAGAUUUGAACUCACAGCCCAGCGAGUUUCGCAUGAAAGUGCAUCUGUUCGGUGCAGCUUCCUCUCCGGGGUGUGCAAACUAUGGGAUGAAACAUCUAGCUAAGGAGAAUCGCGACAUCUACACUCAAGGCUCGAGAUUUGUUAUGAGGGACUUUUAUGUAGAUGAUGGGCUCGCGAGUGUUGAAAACACUGAAGAUGCUAUUCAGCUUGCCGGGGAAGCUCGUGAACUUUGCGCCAUGGGUGGUCUCCGACUACAUAAGUUUGUGUCUAAUGACAGAAAGGUAUUAGAGAGUAUACCACCCUCCGAACGAGCAACCAACGUGAAGGAUAUGGAUCUCGCAUUUGAUGAUUUGCCACUUGAGAGGGCUCUCGGGAUUCAAUGGGAUGUGGAGUGUGUCCGCUUCAGGCUUAACGUCAGCCUCAAGGAACAGCCAACGACACGACGUGGCAUUUUAUCUACAGUGGCUUCUCUGUACGAUCCUCUUGGGUUUGUGGCGCCAGUCGUCCUCAAAGCGAAGAUCAUUCUCCAGGAGAUGUGCAGACGGGGCACUGGCUGGGACGAUCCUCUCACUGACGAGCUUCGCCCAAAAUGGGAACAAUGGAGAAGUGAUCUAGCCCACUUAGAUAAUUUCACCAUAUCCCGUACCUACUCACCUGCUGGAUUUGGAAGGGUCUCAAAGACAGAGCUGCAUCAUUUCUCUGAUGCCAGUAUGAAGGGUUACGGCCAGUGUUCAUACCUGCGACUCCAAAACGAAGAGGGUGAUAUUCAUUGUGCCUUAGUUGUAGGAAAAUCACGUGUCUCUCCAACCAAGGUAACAACCAUCCCAAGAUUAGAAUUGACAGCAGCAGUUGUUUCCGUGAAGAUAAGCAACAUGCUUAAGGAGGAAUUGGGAUGUAUUAAUUCCGAGGAGUUCUUCUGGACCGACUCUAAAGUAGUCUUAGGUUAUAUAAGAAACGAAGCACGAUGAUUUCACACGUUUGUGGCUAACCGGGUUCAGAAGAUUCAGCUCAGUUCAGCCCCGCAACAGUGGCGAUAUGUCCCGACAAGUGAGAAUCCUGCUGACCAUGCUUCUCGAGGCUUAACUGCCAGUGAGCUUUUGUCGUCUACGUGGCUCACUGGACCCAAGUUCCUAUGGAACAAGGAAAUAAAGCUGGCUACAGAUGAAAUAUCAGAGUUAACAUUCG